CAUUGAUUGGUGAGCGAGAGGACAAUUGCAACGUUCCUGCGGCUUUCACCUGGGGAGCAUAAUUCGACCUGCAUAUCUCGCUCGUAUGCUGUAGACCCACCGGAUGAGGCUAUGGUUGGUACGACGGAGUAUUCCUCCACCCGUUUCUCAAGAAAUCCUUGCCCACACUCCAGUCCCAAGCAGUUUUCGCUCACUUGAUCAUUUCCAUCCAAAGAUGUGGAAAAGCUUACCAUUGAUACACAUCUCUUCCACACUCGCAAUAACAUGUUACAAUCCGCCUAAAAAUGUUGGAACAUCCGGCACGGCACAAGAUGGAAAUUACACUUCAUGUAAUAUCAAUCAAGAAGAGUCCAUGUGCUGCCGCAGCAAGAAAAUCGGCCCCUGGCCUCCAGACGCCUGUCUCGAGAGCGGACUCUGCAUCAACACAGCGGGUUCUGCUCCAACAUACUGGCGCGAAAGCUGUACGGAUCCGACGUGGACAAGUCCCUACUGUUUGAAUGUAUUCAAUGUGUGUUCAAGCGAUGAGAAUAAUAACGCACAAGUAACACUCUGCCCUGGUACCACGACCAAAUAUUGUUGUGGGGAUAACAAUACAGCGUGUUGCAGUACCGCGUCAGAGAUAUCUAUUCCAAACAUUGACGACCCUUCGACUUCGACUUCGGGGUUAUCGAGAGGUGCGAAGGCGGGAAUUGCACUGGCAAUCGUGGUUGUAGCUUUCUUGGCUAUAGUCACAGUACUGCUGCUCAUCAGGAGAAAGAGGAGAAAUAAAGCUAAGAUUGAAGAGAUCCGAGCUUCAGCGGCGGAAAUCCUUCAUGAGAAGGCGCUGGACAAACAAGCUGCUGUGAAUGUGUUGGCACAUCCCAGAUUUUAUUCUCGAGGUGAAGAUGCGAACUCGAGGCCAGAGCUGCAUUCCUUUCCCGUCCCUUGGGAACUUCCGGACGGCAGUAUUAGGGUCAAUGAGCUGGAUGCUGGUCUUGGGAGAAGGAGGUAA